GCGUGUGGUCCUGGCUUCAGCUCACCUCUGGAUGCCAUGAAAGGCCCCCGGGAGGAGAUUGUGUACGUGCCCUGCAUCUACAGGAACACUGGGAGGCAGAAACCCGAUUUUUUGGCCACUGUGGAUGUCAACCCCCAAUCUCCACACUACUGCCAGGUCAUCCACCGUCUUCCCAUGCCCAACGUGGGGGACGAGCUGCACCACUCGGGGUGGAACACCUGCAGCAGCUGCUUUGGGGAUGCCACCAAGAAGAGGAACCGUCUGAUCCUCCCCAGCUUCAUCUCCUCCCGCAUCUACGUGGUGGACGUGGGAACGGAGCCACGAGCCCCCAAACUCUUCAAGGUUAUCAACCCAGAGGAUGUCUUCUGGAAGUGCAACCUGGGCUACCCCCACACCUCCCACUGCCUGGGCAGCGGGGAAAUCAUGAUCAGCACCCUGGGAGAUCCAUCCGGCGCUGGGAAAGGUGGUUUCAUCCUGCUGGAUGGAGAGACCUUUGAGAUCAAGGGGAAUUGGGAGAGAGGGGACAAGGUGCCCCCCAUGGGUUAUGACUUCUGGUACCAGCCACGCCACAACGUCCUGAUCAGCACGGAAUGGGGGAUCCCAAAGUGUCUGGGGUAUGGAUUUGACCCCAAAGAUCUAAAGAAAGGGCGCUACGGACGCCACCUCAACGUGUGGGACUGGACCACUCACACCCACAGCCAGGCCAUCGACGUGGGGGAGGACUCAGCCCCCCUGGAGAUCCGUUUCCUCCACGACUCCGCCGCCGCCGCGGGCUACGUGGGCUGCACCAUCAGCAGCUCCAUCCACCGCUUCUACAAGACUGAGCAAGGAGACUGGGCAGCUGAGAAGGUGAUCCAAGUGGCCAGCAAGAAGGUGGAAGGCUGGUUGCUCCCAGACAUGCCAGGCUUCAUCACCGACAUCCUCAUCUCGCUGGACGACAGGUUCCUCUUCUUCAGCAACUGGCUGCACGGGGACAUCCGCCAGUACGACAUCUCCAACACCCACAGGCCCAGGCUGGUGGGGCAGGUCUUUGUGGGUGGCAGCAUCACCAAGGGGGGACCCGUGACCGUGUGUGGGGAUGAGGAGCUGCAGAGUCAACCAGACCCUUUGGUCAUCCAG